AGGUGAUUUUCUCUUGCAGAUUUAACAUAUUUACCUAUCUAAUCAAUUCUUCAGCAAAAAUCGAUUACAGUAUUAUAAAUACAUUUUUUUUUUGUCCAGCAAUACCUUAUAAACAACUGAAACAUAAACAUGUUUUCCUUGAAUCUCUUUGGUGAGGGGCUGAACCCCCGACCAUUUGACACCAAUUACCGAUGUUACUCCGUGUCCAUGUUCCCCAGUAGUGACAAGCAGGCUGUUGAAGACGGUGGCAAAAUCAUUAUGCCACCAUCAGCAUUAGAGCAGCUAACACGGCUCAAUGUUGAGUACCCUAUGCUCUUCAAACUGACUAACCACCGCAGCAAGAGAGUAACGCACUGUGGCGUCCUCGAGUUUGUGGCUGAUGAAGGAAAAAUAUACAUUCCAUAUUGGAUGAUGCGGAACCUGCUUCUGGAUGAGGGAGAUAAUGUGCAGGUUCAGUCUGUGUCUGUGCCAGUUGCUACUUUCUCCAAGUUUGAACCUCAGAAUGUUGAGUUCCUUGACAUCACUAAUCCUAAGGCUGUACUUGAAAAUGCUCUCAGGAACUUCGCAUGUCUCACCACGGACGACGUGAUCGCCAUAAACUACAACGACCGCAUCUAUGAAAUGCGCGUGCUGGAGGUGCGGCCCGGCAACGCUGUCAGCAUCAUCGAGUGCGACAUGAACGUAGAGUUCGCCGCCCCUGUCGGCUACCAGGAGCCACAGCGCCCUAAUGCUGCCAGCUCCGGCGCCAUCAGUGCUUCGGAAGAGGAAGAGCAGGAGGUUCUGACCGCGGCAGCGGUGGCCGCUGCAGGCAGUGAGGGCUACCUGGCCUUCCAGGGCUCCGGCUGCAGGCUGGACGGCAAGAAGAAGAACCUCCAGACGCCUCUCAAGGAGCUCAUCCAAAACGUGGAGCUGAAGCGCGGGGUGCCAGACUAUAAUUACGAGGCGGGGACAAUCAAAUUCUGGAGACGCCCUCCCCCGCGAUCGUCAACACCGAGCGACAAGACGGACACAGACGGCAGCGGAUUCGAUGCCUUCCAGGGCGAAGGAACCAGUUUAAGGCAGGCUAAGAGUAAAUAAAUAAUAACGUUAAAGGUUGUUAUUACCGUGUUGCAACCAGGAUACGAACGUGCCGAGUGUUGGGUUUGAGCUGAAUAGCAUACGUGAUCAAGUGAGUCUGAAAACGGUAGAACACCCAAGUUGCACCACCGUCAAUGUCACUACCGCACUUACGUCCCUGGCAUUAAGAGAAACUAUCCAUUAUAACAUAGUGAUCUCGGCGCUGGAGUGUAGGCCUGAUGUGGCAUGUCGCCACAUCAGUAAAAUUGAAUAAAAUUGAAUGAUAAGUUUCUAGCACGACCUAAACGGAUAUAUUAUGUGGUAAUCGAACCAAAUCGUAGUUCUGCGCAGCAUCAUAAGUUUUCUAUCAACGACCGGCGAGUGAAAUGCAGUAACUACUGAGUGGGGUCCAAUGGUAUUGACGGUAGGGUUCUACAGGGUCCGUAUUAUCUAUGGCAACGGAUGUUUGCUAUAGGAAAUAAAUUGGUUUCUAGGGGA